AUGGAAGACCUCAACCUACCAAUUGCUCUUAGACGUUCGCGUCGCAGCAGCAUCAAGCCAGAACCAUCAGACAUUCUUUCUUCCCCCAUGCCAAUUCCUGCCAAAACACCCAGAACAGUCUCUAGAAGAAAAGUCCGCUUCUCAGAGCCAGGCCUCUCAAGCGGUCUGACCCCAAUGGUCGGUCGCAUUUCUGUCGCAACACCAAAGCGACGUCGCCAUUCUUCUGCCCCCGUAGCAACUACACCAAGCGUUAAUCGCCCAACUUCCGCGUUGCCGGAGAGUGGCGAUGUCACGUUUCUUCCCCUGCGACAAGUUCUUGACGGUCGCGUCCAAAGACGCAUACGCCGUAAUGGACUUAGUGAGGAGAUGAACGUCAUUCAGCAGGAGAAGAGACGGCGCUCAAUUGAGACCAAGGAGGAAAUCGAGAAACUGAGAGAUCAGCUCAAGGCGCGUGAUCGCGAGAUUUACGAGCUGCAGAAUGCGACCAUCGUCAUUGACACGAAUCGCAUUUGGGACCUUGAGAAGCAGAUUGAGGACCUACAGGAGGAACUGACCAAAAGAUCUGGGCGCUCUCUGAGUGAGAAGAGAGGCUACAAUUGGACUCUAUCAGCGAGAGAGAAGUUUUCGCCAGAGUACAUGGAUAUGGAUGAUACCGCGUUUGGCGAGGAGACUAUUGCGCAGUUGGUCUGCAGUACGCCUUCGAGAGCGAGGGCGAGACCAGACGCGAGCACUUCGUUCAUGGACAUGACGCCUCCUGCUACAAGCCCAACGAUUCCUUGUACCCCCAUGUCAUGGAAUCCCAUCUCAUCAACGUUGAGUGCUGGUGUUCAGGCUUGUUUCCCGGAUCCUCAACAACAGCAAUUGGAGGAAGAGGUCUCGUCGCUGCAGCUCGAGGUCACAAAGCUCACCGACACACUCGAAUCAUACAGGUCUCUCAGCAGUCGAUUAUCCGACAAGCUCACUGAGUUCACACCAGCUAUUGAGUCAGAGUCUACACCAUCACAUCAUCAAUUGGAGGCUCAGAUCGACGCCAUGCUGCGCACAAUGUCUGACAGAGCCUGCGCACUUCAACAACUCACCACAAACAUCACAAAGCUCGGCUUCCACGGUUCUGACGCAAGCGACAUGAUCACGUCCCUCUCCUCUGGCUUCCGCGCCGCCCGCUUGGAGCUGGAGUAUCUGACUCCCGGCGAGAUCACUCUCCCGCUGUCAUCUCACGGUGCAGAAGUGCUGGAUCUCAUGCUCACGCGUCUGCGCGACAUGGCCAAGCGCGCCAAGGAGGACGAGGGUGCUAUUGAUGAGUAUCACGAGAUUGAGCAGUCACUACGAAAGCAACUCGACGCGCGCGUCACUGUCAUGGACGGUCUCAAGGCAGAAAUGUCCAAGGCUGAGAAACUCAUGAGCGACAAGAUUGCGCGCAUCCGCGAGCUUGAAGUGGCCAAUACCAGGCUCAAGGGCGCGGUCGAUGACUACGUGCGCGACAUCUCGGAGCUAGAGAACCUCGUUGAGAGAAUGGAGCGCGAAGCACAUGACGCAGAGGAUGAGUACCACGUGCAAUUGGAGGUCAAGCGCAAGGUACUUAGUCGCAAGGAAGACAGCAUCGCGGAGUUGGAAACGAGAUUAUCUGAAGCGCUUCAGCGAUCGGCGGAUCUUCAACGCGAGGUGAAGGAGGUCCAAGAGACCAAGAUUCGUGACGUUGCAGCGCUGAACAAGCGACACGGCGCGGCACUCGCAGCAGGUGACGCGAGCGUGGUCAAGUACCGUGGGGAGAUUGAUAGAGUAAAUGCUUCGCUUCGCGCGGCGCAUGCGACGAUAUGUAGUCUACGAGUUGAGAAUGGCGGGUUGAAGACUCAGAUGGAGGAGGAGAGGAUGAAAGCCAAGACGGUGAUUGACUCAAUGAAGGAGGAGCUUCAGCGGGUCGUACAGAUGAGUCAAGAGUUUUUGACGCCGAAGAACAAAGCGUUGACGAGAGUCGAGUCUGAGUCAGAGCCAGGGUCUGGGUCGUCGUCUUCGACAGUGAGUGCAAAGAGACCGGCUUUUGUCUCUGUAGAUGGCGGCGCGAGAAGGUCGAGUAGAAAGAGACUGUGUCGGGGACGGGAUAGUGGUAUGGGUUUGUUGGAUGAAGAUGAAGAGGAGUGUUUCUGA